CGCCUCCCGGGGGGAGUGUACGGCCCGCAGUCAGGCCACUGGACACAGGAUUUGGGGCCCUGGAGGUUUCUGCUGAGGCUUCAAGAGGCGUGGUCCUGGUGCUCCAGGCGCUUCCCAUCAGAUAGCAGGAGCCAGUUCUCAGGGUUCCUGGCUGAACACACAAGCUGCAACGCUCCAUAUCCUCUGGCAGAGCUGACUGGGGGCUGCAGGCGACAGUGCCAUAUCCCUCACUGCCUGCUCCGCCUUGCUAAGGCUUGAACCAGAAUCCAACAGGAGCAGCACUGGCCAGUCACUGCCUGCAAGUUUGGGUUCCUGUGUUAGAACUGCCACCUAAGCCCCUCUUAUUUCAUCUUUCCUGUGGUGGAAACCCCUGCCUCCACUGGUGUGAGGUUGAGUUUUUGGAGAGGUGAGCUCUGAGAGGGACUGGCAGUGCUCAGCCUGUGUCCUGGGGCAAAGCUGGAUUCAUUUUCCUUCCUGGCGAUCUUUUGGGGCCCACAGGUGGUAAUUUGGAGGCACUGACACCCUGGUCUCGGUGCCUGUUUUAGAAGAGGCAGAACAGUGAUGUCAAGGAUCUGAAUGAGCAAGGACCCCAUGCCCUCACUGGGCUCACCAGCAGCCCUGACCCUCUAAUCUGCACCCUGUGAGCCACCAAGACUGAACCAAGCCCAGGAAGCGGCGCCACCAACCGGCCUCGCAGAGGCAGAGGCCCUGGAGCAGUGACAGCACAGGAGAUCCGCUGGCUCGGGGGAAGGGGAGGAAAGAGGAAAACAAAGGGAGUGAUCGAGUGAGCCUCGCCCCGCCCUCCCUGUGCCGGCCCAUGAUGUGUCAGUCAGAGGCGCGGCGAGGACCAGAGCUCCGCGCGGCGAAAUGGUUGCACUUCCCCCAGCUGGCCCUGAGGCGGAGGCUGGGGCAGCUGAGCUGCAUGUCCAGACCCGCCCUGAAACUGCGCUCCUGGCCCUUGACCGUCCUCUACUACCUCCUGCCCUUCGGCGCCCUCAGACCGCUCAGCCGGGUGGGAUGGAGGCCCGUAAGCAGGGUGGCUUUGUACAAGUCAGUGCCGACACGCUUGCUGUCACGGGCCUGGGGUCGCCUCAACCAGGUGGAGCUGCCACACUGGCUGCGCAGGCCCGUCUAUAGCCUGUACAUCUGGACCUUCGGGGUGAACAUGAAGGAGGCCGCCGUGGAGGACCUGCAUCACUAUCGCAACCUCAGCGAGUUCUUCCGGCGCAAGCUGAAGCCGCAGGCCCGGCCCGUCUGCGGCCUGCACAGUGUGAUCAGCCCAUCGGAUGGAAAGAUCCUCAACUUUGGGCAGGUGAAGAACUGCGAGGUGGAGCAGGUAAAGGGGGUCACCUACUCCUUGGAGUCGUUCCUGGGCCCACGCACCUACACAGAGGACCUGCCCUUCCCGCCAGCCGCCUCGUGUGACUCCUUCAAGAACCAGCUGGUCACCCGGAAAGGGAAUGAGCUCUAUCACUGUGUCAUCUACCUGGCCCCCGGGGACUACCACUGCUUCCACUCCCCCACAGACUGGACUGUGUCCCACCGGCGCCACUUCCCAGGCUCCCUGAUGUCAGUGAACCCUGGCAUGGCUCGCUGGAUCAAAGAGCUCUUCUGCCAUAACGAGCGGGUAGUCCUGACGGGGGACUGGAAACAUGGCUUCUUCUCACUGACGGCUGUGGGGGCCACCAACGUGGGCUCCAUUCGCAUCUACUUUGACCGGGACCUGCACACAAACAGCCCAAGGCACAGCAAGGGCUCCUACAACGACUUCAGCUUCGUGACGCACACCAAUAGAGAGGGCGUCCCCAUGCGCAAGGGCGAGCACCUGGGCGAGUUCAACCUGGGCUCCACCAUUGUGCUCAUCUUUGAGGCCCCCAAGGACUUCAAUUUCCAGCUGAAAACAGGACAGAAAAUCCGCUUUGGGGAGGCCCUGGGCUCGCUCUAGAGCCUCUUUCCUGAUUAUGGCUGCUAAGGGAUCUUUUCCAAACAGAGUGAGGGUCUUUUAGAUAGGGAGGCCCAUGAGGCCAUCCAGGUGAGGGCCUGCCUCAGGGUGGGUGAGAGUCUGACCAGGUAGGACUUGAAUGACUCGGCUCCCACCUGUUCCGGAGGUGCAGACAAGAGGUGGUGAGAGCCCCCGUCAUGCCCUCAACCUAUCCUGUUCCUUCUCCCUACAAAUAAAAAGUGCAGGCUGGAAUGAUCUGUCACAUUUGGAUCUUUUUAAACACUGUAUAGACGGGAGAUCCUGCAUUCCCGACUGAACCUUCAGUUGGUCUCGAUUGUCAUUUUUCCUUGCUGCUCCUCCCCAUCACCUGGGCUGUUUUCUGUUGGCCCCUUUUGUUUUUUGGCCUUAACCCUCCUGCUGCACAGGGUGAGGUGCCUCCUUGGCACAGACUGUGGAUGCCUCUUCCCCCAGCAGAGCCACACAGCCUUCAUGACAACUGCUUUCUGUUCCCAAAUUCACCUCAUCCUGCUCUUUAGAAAAAGCAGUCUUUGUGCUUGCGGCUGAAUGCAUCACCCUGGACUCUGCCAGUGUCUUCUGAGGACACUGAUUAAUGAUACAGACCUCUGUAGGACCUGAUGAGUGACCUUCUGGAGCUGGUCAGGUCCUCGUUGCAGCAGGCAAGACUAAUUACUGAACCUGCCUCAUGGCACCAGAAUGAACAGGGCAGGCAGGUGGUAGGCCCAGCUGGGGACAGGGGAGAGUUCCUGUCCUCCCCAUAUCCCUACAUGAAAUGUGGGAAAGUUGCUGCUGUUGAUUCAGGGUCUGUCUGGGAGGCAGAGGGCCCUUGGUGGAUAGUUGGUCAGUGCCUGGAAAACCUGUCCCAGUUAUCAGGAAUGCGUGCCUGGGGAGCCCCCAAUGGCGGGGACAGGGCCAGAGUUCAUGUUGACCCUGGGGACGCUGUGAAUUUCUCCUGCAGGAGAGCCAUCAUUGAACUUUUUCAACUGUAUCAGUAGCACAGUAUUUUUGUAUGAGAAGUGGGAGACUUCUGAACAGUAAUUCAUUUAAUGGCAAAACAUUUUGAAAUAAAAAAAUAAAACUUA